CUAAGCUGCAACAAAAGUACCCUUUUGAAAGUGGAGAUAGAUCAAUGUCCAAUCAUAGAGUCUCUCAGGUCAAGAGUACUUCCAAGCAUCCUUGGCUCCUGCGAAACUCUAAGUACGAUAAGAUGAGGAAUACUGAAAAGUUAUGGGAGAAAAGCGUUAUCAGGAAGAUGAGUCACCCUUCGAAUACCAAAACUAUCAGCCAUAAUAAGAUUUCUAACAAAGAGCAAAAAAGGCAAGAUUCUCUCUGUAUAGAGAACUCUAAGAUCACUAAAGCUAUUUAUGAGAAAGAGAAAGAAGAUUCUUCUGUGUAUCAAAAUCCUGAGACCAGGAAUCUAAGCAUGAAUUCAAGUAAUCAAGCUCUGAACAAGACUGAUGCUCAAAUAAUUCAAGAUGUGAUGGAGUUAAAGAACCAUCAACAUUUUGAAGCAGUUAAUAAUUCAAAGGUAGACCUUGAAUUAAGCCAAACUAUGCUUCAGCCAAUGAGAAAUCAUAGACCAAUAUUUGAUUCCCUCCCUUAUCAAAACAUCUGAAUGAAGAACAAAAACCCAUACUCUGAUCAAUUGAGUCAAGGGCUCAGAAAGGAAUCCAAAAGUAUAAUCUCCAAAGCUAAAUUUGUGAAAUCAAUUCUUGGAAAAAGCGAUGAUGCUGUCAACACCCUAUACACCCAAGAAACCCCCCACGAAAGAACAGUUCUAAAAAAACGAGCUCCAAGGUCAAACACACGUAACAAAGCCACCAAACCCACUAAAUCCAAGCCUAAACUCCCCUGCCUCGUCAUCCAAAAGGCUACUAUCUAACUUCCUUCAAUCUCCC